AGGAGGAAUUUCAAAAAUUCCGAAGUUGAGACUGGUACCAAUCGAUUUUUCAUGAAAAACUGCACAUAUAAAAAAAAAUUAACGUCAAAAUCGGUCACUGUCCGUAAAGUAAAUUCCAGCUUGGUUUCAAGUUACUUUGAACGGUGGAUCUUUUUCAAAUAUGAAGAUGACGAAAACGUGUUUUGUGCCAAAGUGCCUGAAUUCCUCAAAGAGUGCCCCCAACAAAUGUUUUAUAUUUGUUCCAAGGAAUCCUACCAAAAGAAAAGCCUGGUUUGACGCAGUAGGAGCUACAGUUGUGAAAGCUGUUAGAUACUGUUGUGAAGAUCAUUUCAAUUUGAAGGAGGAUUCCAUAGAUUUUUCUCUUUAUAAAAGAACCAAAAUGACUCCACGGAUUAGAAAGGGCAUUGUACCGUAUUUAUUUAUAACGAAACCAAAUAGAAAUAUAUUUUCAUCUCAACUUGAUGACUCGGAAGAAAACACAGAAAUGUCUUCUGUGGGUGCAAGUCAAGAAAAAUAUCCCGAUAAACACAUACAGUACGAUCAUACUGCCAGUCGUGAAGAUGAAAAGAAAUGUCAUGUUGAAUUAGGAAAUGUGAACAUUUGUGAACAAUUUAUAGACGAAGAAGGAGUUCAUGGUAGAGAAGAAUAUAUAAUUAAAAAUGAGGAAAGUACAUCUAACUCUUCGUAUAUUGAAAUGGAUGUAAAUCAAUCACCUGCCACUUUUGAAGAAGAAAUGCCUCUAGUAUUAGAUCCAACGAGCAUUAAAUCUGAACCUGUUGACUGGGAGCAAGAAAAAUAUCUUGAUCAUACUGCCAAUUUUGAAGAUGACAAGAAAUGGCAUGUUGAAUUAGGAAAUGUGGACAUCUGUGAACAAUUUAAAGACGAAAUAGUAGUUCAAGAUACAGAAGAAUAUAAAAUUAAGAAGGAAGAAAGUAUGUCAAAUUCUUCAGUUAUUGAAGUGGAUGCCAAUCACUCACCUGCCACUUUUAAAGAAGAAAUGCCUCCAGUAUUAGAUCCAACGAGUAUUAAGUCUGAACCCUUUGACUGUGAGCAGUGUGAAUUUCCUAAAUGUCACUUGGCUGGUGUAAGUGAAGACGGAAAUCUUGAUAAACCCAUACAGUAUGACCAUACUAAUCAUACCUACUCACUUAAGGAUGACGAGAAAUGUCAUGUUAAAUCAGAACUUGUAGACAUUUUUGAACAAUUUAGAGACAAGGAAGUUAACAAUAGAGGAGAUUAUACAAUUAAGAAUGAAGAAACUAACCCAAAUUUCCUAGUUAUAGAAGACAAUUCAAAUCAAUCACCUGCCUCUUUUAACGAAGAAAUGCCCCCAGUAUUAGCAACAGGCAUAAAAUCUGAUAUGUUUAACUUAGGAGUUGUGGACACUUGUGAACAAUUUAUAGAUGAAGAAGGUGUUCACGAUAGAGAAGAAUAUAUAAUUGAAAAUGAAAAAAUUAACCCAAACUCCCUAAUUAGAGAAGGUGAUGCAAAUCAAUCACCUGCCUUUUUUACCAAAGAAACGCCUCAAAUAUUUGAUCUAGAGAAUGAUGAAGCAAUUCCUGUGACUAUCAACAAUCAAGAGUGUUAUAUGUGUGAUUUUGAGACCAAAGAUGAAAAAGACCUUGCGUUACAUAUCAAAUCUGUUCAUUCGAGUAUUAAGUGUCAUUUAUGUGAGUAUGUUACUAGCAGAAAAAGGGACUUUCUAAUGCAUGUCGAGCGUGUUCAUCUGGAUAGGAAGAAACAAGAAUGUAACAUUUCUGGAUGUGCUGCACAUUUGGAAACAACCCUUGAUCUCCACAUGAAAUCUGUCCAUUUGAAAACUAAGGAAUACAAGUGUCACUUAUGUGAAUAUGCUGGGAGUGCUAAGCGUGACCUUGAAAGACAUAUAAAAUCGGUUCAUUUGAAAAUUAAGGAACACAGGUGUAACCUAUGUGAAUAUAUUACAAGUAGGAAGGAGAAUCUUCGAAGGCAUUUUGACACUGUUCAUUUGGAUAUUAAAAAACACAAAUGUCACUUAUGCGACUAUGCGGCCACUGAUAAAAGUAUUAUCCAGCGACAUGUAGAAUCUGUUCAUUUGAAUAUUAACAAAUGCCACUUAUGUGAAUUUGCUACGAGUGCAAAACAGACACUUGAUAGUCACGUGAAAUCUGUUCAUUUGAAAAUUAAGGAACACAGGUGUCAUCUCUGCGAAUAUGCUGCAAGUAGAAGAGGUGUCCUCAAAAAACAUUUUGACUCUAUUCAUUUGAACAUCAAGAGAUCUUAAUGUCACUCAUGUGAAUAUGCUACAGGAUCGAAAGCUGAUCUUAAGAAACAUCUGAAAAUCAUUCAUUGGAAAACUGGUAACACAGGUGGGAGCAUUUUACAAGCAUAAACAUAUACUUAAAUAGUUGUGGAAAAUUUGUUCAUUCGAAUAGUAAUUAACAAUUAUUGUCAGUUAUGUAACUAUACUGUAAAUAUAUGAGGAUAUUUUUAAGCA